GUGUCUGGACUGAGAAGAGCGCAGCAUAGCAGCAGCAGCGCAACAGCAGUGAAAGCCAAGGCAGGCAGGCAGCAGUUUGGUUCAUACAGAGAGCGAGCUGCUGCUACUGCUGCUGGCCGCCUGAGCUGGCUGCUUGGUCAAAAGCUGGCUUGCUUGCUGAGUUCACGCUCAUCUGGUGUGUUGUGUUUCUGGUGCUGGCUGCAAUGGUGGCGCAGCAGACCUCAGGAGUACUGCCUGCUGUAACGGAUGCGCACUGCAUGCGUACUGGUCGCGAAGAAGCGAUGCAGUUGGACGGUGAUCUUCUACAUCAGCACCAGCAAGAGCUGAGAAGUGUCCAGUCGGAUCGGUUCCUUCAUGAGUUCAGCGCGCAAUACCUGCUUCCAGCAAGAACCUGCUGCUGCUGUGCGUGGUGCAGGUGAAUGAGGCGCCGCUUCUAGCAUGCUGUCGCUCAAGAAGGGUUCGCUGAUUCGCGAUUUGUGGGAUCAGCGCAGUAGCGAGUGCACGCCGGAGCAGCGCCAGUGGCAGGAGGCGGCGCACAAGUCCUGGAAAGCUCUGCUGAAGAGUCGUGAUGGCAGGGAGGUGAAGGACUACGUGUCCUCGCUGCGCAAUGGCGAUGUGGAGAGACACUGUUGGCUGGUGUCGCAGGAGGAUUCGGUAGUAGCAGGCCAGCAAAUGUCCCCACAGUUGCUCUGUGCGCGCGCCUUUCGUUGGCCAGACUUGGAGAGUACUGCGGAGUUGCAUCGCUUGGAUCAGGAGGCUGCUGUUUGCCCGAGUGGUGGCGAGAGCAGUGCAGGGCGUUCUGAUGGACUUGUUUGCUGCAGUCCAUACCAUUUCGCCAGAGCAAUACCUACUGAGGAAGAGCCACUGAGGCCAGGUGGUGAUGGCAGGACUCUGUGGAAUACGGAACGAACAACUCUACCCGACCACCAUGGUCGGCGAGCAGUACAGACAGUCGCGCUGCCGUCGUCCGGUGGCGCGUCCGGAGACUCUGCCAUCUCCGUAUCCGUGUCCGAUCUCGGAGCGUCGCUAACUGCCGAUAGCGCCGAAUAUUCGUCGCUGACAACCGACAGUCGGAGCUCAGGAGCGCGCUCUCGGCGGAGCUGCAGCCGGGACACGCCGGUGAUCACGCGGAGCGUGUCCAGCAGCCCGUGGAUGAUGGUGCGCUACGGCGAGUUCAACACGCGUGUUGGCCGCAUCGAGCAGGUGUCGGCGGCACGCAUGGAAGUCUUCUACCGUGGCGACGAGGAGAGUGCCAUGCCGACUCCGGACCCCAGCAGCGUGUACGCGCUGAACCUGCGCACGAUACGCAACCGCGACAGGGCGCGCGGCGUCGAGGAUCGGCAGCGCAAGGUCGGCCGCGGGUUUCUGCUCUGGCGGAAAUCCUUCCAGGCCGUAUAUCUGUACAAUCGCUCGCAGUACUCCGUGUACGUACAGAGUCCAACGUUAUCCCAGCCUGGCGGUCAGCAGAAGGUGCAUAAGAUACAGAGCGGCCGAUCGUUCAAGAUAUUCGACCGGGCGCGCGCCAACCAGGUGCGACGGUGGUACGAGAGGAACGAGGGUGGCGUGCCACGGACGCUGGACCUCCAGUACUGCCGCAUAUCGCUGACGUCGAGCUGGGGACACGAGAACCCACGCCACCCGACGCUGUUCGACUGCCAUUGCUGGUUCGAGGUGCACUUCACAUUUCCACAGGAGUCCUCAUGACGACGUGACCUUCGUGUGUGCAGAUAACGGGACUGCGAAAACCCGUUCUGUCUGAACUACAAAGAUGUUGAGCAAUUUCAGAAUAUCCUUGAGACGGACAUGUUCCUGAGAGGAGAGAAGAUGGCCAGUGAACUGCGAUACGCUGCUGAUACCGACGCUGUUGAAAAUUGAACUUGAGAAUUUUCUUUCCCUCGUCGGUAGUGAUUAUUCAGUUAACCGCGAGUUACGUUUUGUGACGCAGAUAUCCUGUCCAAUAUGACGCCCGCUUCCUAUGCUGCCCCCCCCCCCCCAUAGCUUGAAAACAAGGCGUGUAAUUUGCAGAGCUUGGCUUGAGAACGUUGCGCGCUUGUGCUACGGCAGUUUCUGCGCCGCAGAGAUCUAUGCUGUCAGCCCGCUACAGUGAGUUCCGUGCGGUGCGUUGUCAUGCCACUGCAUCUAGUUUCUAGAUUGUCUCUGGCCCAGCUGUCCAUGGUGGCAUACCACACACUAAUGCCCCCCUCCCCGCCCACUGCACCAGGAAUUGCACCCCAUAGUGUUCUAAUAUCUACCCCACCUCCUUCCCCAGUGCAAUUUUGUUUCCAUCUUUCCAUUUCUCUCUCUCUCUCUCACUCCCCACAUCCCCUCGCGCUCUCUCAGUAGUAGAAGUAGUUGUAGUAAUAUUGCUAGAUUGAUGAUGAUGCGUAUCGAUACAAAUUUCAGUGAGCUGCUGGCCAGUGCAACCAUACUCCCAUACGGACCCAUAGUAAUACCAUUAGAAUGACCUGGAUUUCACCAUGGUAACAUUAGAUAGACCUGGAUUUCACCAUGGUUACACUAGAGUGACCUGAAUUUCACCAUGGUAACAUUUAGAGCGACCUGAAUUUCACACGAUUGCGCACAAUUUCCCCGUAGAAAGCCUCGCAGAGUGUGUUGAUGAACUCAUAUUGGUUGACUGUAUCUAUAUUUCGCUCUUUUUUCCCUUGAUUUUCUUUCCUCGCUGGUGUGCUGAGGAGUACCGUUGAGUCUAUUUUAACUCCAAGUUGUGGACAACUAUCAAUUUUUCCUCUUCAAUCGA